AUGUGCCCGCGUGAGGUACCUCGAGGCUUUGCAGGAUCCUUAGGUGGAUGGUACGAAUCCUGGCGUGAGUGGCCGGCACCAUGGUUGUUUGUUAAGGAGCUGUCUGCCAGCCACACCAUUCCGAAAAUGGAUCAUUUGAUCUGCUUCCUCCCAGGAGCCAUUGCGCUUGAGGUGUUGCACGAGCAGAAGCGAAACGCACGCAAAAGCAAGGUUGACCUGCGUCUGGCCCACAAGCUCGUCGAGACUUGCGUCCACACGUACUGGCGCACAGCUUCCGACCUUGCACCGGAGAUCACCCGGUUCAAUGCUUUCGGCUUGGUGGACGACCUGGGAUCGAUGCACAACAUCCUGCGGCCAGAGACGAUAGAAAGCCUCUUCGUCCUGUGGCGGACCACGAAGAAGCAAAUCUACCGAAAUUGGGGACAGCGAAUGUUGUGUGCCUUCCACCGAUCGAAAACACCGUUUGGCUUUGCCAGCUUGCACAAUGUCAACCAUCCGACGAAGAAGCGCGAUGACAUGCCAUCGUUCUUCGUAGCUGAGACGCUAAAAUACCUGUUCCUGCUUUUCUCCGAUGAUGCUAUCCUACCUUUGGACCAGUUUGUCUUGGGAACGGAAGCUCAUCCCGUGCCACUACUCCAAACAUUGCGAGCUUCUUGGCCGUGUGAACUACUCACACUUCCAAAGGCCUUCGCAGAGGCACCACGUCCAGUGAAAGAAGUCCCGGAAGAAAGCGAAUCUGAAGCGACAGAGUCAUCACGGCCUGUGCUGGAGCCAGUUCCACAGAGCGCCACCACGACCGCCACGCCGUCCAGUAAGGCCUGUGACCGGGAUCGCCUUCAACAGCUUGCGCUCCAGAUCCAGGAGCUGCAGCAAGAGCUGCGGGCAGAGCAUGCCUCAUGCUCUGAUACGGGCGACCCGACUUGCUGGGUUGGUGGCUACAGCUUUCAGGAGUGCUGCGUUCCGCCGCCUGGAAACCCUCUGUGCUGGGAUGCUGAAUUUACCUAUGCGCGCUUUCCUGACCUGCUAAUGGCUUUGGGAGCACAGCACACUGCCCUAUCUGCUGGGCUGUACUGCCAACGCAGUACCGCUCCACGCCGCGAUUGCUGUCUGCUUGUAUGUCCUCAGAAGGGACAGUGGUUGUUGCAGCCAUCACCACUUCGACCGUUAUCAGCUUUUUCAGUGGCGACCUGCGCCGGAGCUGUGGUUGCCAGAAGAAGCUUGAAGAGGGUGAAGGCAUAUAAUUUGAAAACUGAUCGGCUUCCAGACAGCUUGGGCGAAACGCUUGACACCAUCGAGACUGUUCUCAGGAACAAAAACCCUCAGAGGCACGACCGAAUUCGUGACCACGAGCUGGGCCCCCUCUUGCCCAAGCGCUGGUGGACACAUCUGGGAGUCCAACUGAAGGCGCAAGAAGAGACCUUUGGACCACUCCCGGCAGAUGCUUGGAUUUCGCUUCGCCUUGAUGGCUGCUGCUGGGGCACCGUAAUGUCUCGUCUCAAGAGCUCCGGCAUUCUGGAGCAGGGCUUUCGGAACGAGAUUGCUGAAGCCAUGAUCACAUCCUGCCGGGCUGUCAUGUGCGAGUUUGAUGGCAUUCUGGGCUACACACACAGUGACGAGAUGACAAUUAUCGUACCACCGGGGAGCCGAGUGUGCGACGGCUCCGUGUCCUGGUGGGUGAGCACUGCAGCAAGCGUAGCCAGCGCUGCAUGCAACCGCUCUUUGGCGAAGCUGGCAGCUGCACGAGGCCUGCAACUUCCAGAGAUCGUCAUGGCACACUUUGACUGUCGAGUGGGGGUCUUCGACUCCGCACGGCAAGCCGAAGGAUUGGUGCUUUGGCGAGCUGCAGAUUGCAAUGUCAACUCUGCGUCGGAUGCCAUAAAGUUCUCAGACGCACCUUUUGCGGUUCGCGAGUACAACACCAUCCAGAAGCUGUGUUACCUUCAAGAGCGCUCUGGGCUUCCCAUGCAGAGACAUCAGGCCUAUGGUUCUCUCAUCGGACGGAUCGCCCUGGAGGGCCGAGAUGUGCUGGUGCUCCUCAACAGUGGGUGUCACUCCUUGCCCAAGCACAUCCACAACCUCGCUCGACUUGGCACGCUGGUUCCCAGCCAUUCAGGUCCCAAGCUUCGCGGGCCUGCGAAGAGGCUUCAGACAUUCAGAAGAUGGUGGGCAAGGCUCCAAAGAGGCCUUGGGCUGGUUUCAGGUCCCAUAUCGGAGCAGGCUUCCAAGUUUGGCUUGCUGGACUUUGUGGUUUGGCCUUGCAGCACUCCGAAAUGCGUUAAGGACACUUUCUUGUGUGCUCAAGAGCUGGCCUUGGGCCAUUAUAAGGCGUUGAAAUGA